AUGCUGAAAAACCAGGAGUUUUUCUUUCCCCGCCAUAUUUUCGCAGCCCUGGAAUCUCCGCGCGCUCUUUCCCGCCGCGCGCUCAAGGACGGCGCGACAACGGCGGAUUUGGACUCUCCGUUGCAGGUCACUGAAACGGACAGCGAGAGCGAUAGUAUCGAGGAGAGCGAUUUGGAGGAUGUCGCGUUUGACGGCGGAGCGGCGGAAAUCGGCGGAGACGCCCGCAGAGGGCUCCGGCGGCAGCCGCGGAUCAACAACAACAUGAAGAAGCGCGGGGAAGACCUGGCGAGAAAGGGAGCCGAAAAGGCGGCGAAAAAAGCGCUGGAAUAUGGGGCGAAGAAAGCUCUGUCGUCCGCUGGCGGGUCUGCAGUGGGCGGAAUCUUGUCAAUCGUGGGGGCGGGAGACGGGCCUACCAUGAUGGGUAAGAUCGGCGCGGACAUUGAAAAAACCGGCAAGGUUGGACGCGUUAUCGGAAAGGUGAUGCAGAACAAGUACUUCAACGCCGUUGUGAAUACCGUGGCCCCCAAGCCACUGAUGGCGGGGCUGAAUAUGGCGGCGGAGCACUACGAUGAUAUCAAGAGGGAAGGGGAGAAAGCCGGAAAGGCUGUCGGGAAAGAGUUGAACAAGGCGGGGAACGCUGUAAAGAAUGGGGUGAACAAGGCUGGGAGGGAUAUAAAGAAUGGGGUGAACAGGGCUGGGAAUGAUAUCAAGAAUGGGGUGAACAGGGCUGGGAAUGAUAUCAAGAAUGGGGUGAACAAGGCAGGGAACGCAGUAAAGAAUGAGGUGAACAAGGCAGGGAACGCAGUAAAGAAUGAGGUGAAGAAGGCGGGGAACGCAGUAAAGAAUGAGGUGAACAAGGCAGGUAGAGCGGUUGGGGAUGCUGCUAAGAAGGCCUGGGGUGGGUUCACUGGCCUUUUCAGGAGAAAGUAG